UCAUAAAGAGUAGAAAUUUAGAAACUAUAGUCACAGUCUGGUGGUCAUAGUGUCAUUCUAUGGUGUCAUUCAUGUGUCAUUAUUGUUGACAUUUUCUCAUAUAUUUAAAACACAAUUUAAAAUUUUGUGUUAAAUGAAUCAGAUACGUAUUAAAAGUGUUUGAAAUGAAUGGUGUUUUAUUUUUUCACUGAUUUAUUUAUCUUUGACUGAUAAGUUUCAGAUUUUCAAUAAAUGGUCGUAGUAUAGUUAAGAGAAAAUGUUGGCCAUAUUAUGUUUUUGGUUAUUUUAUUUAACCCAAGCCGAUUUGCAAAAUUUAAACCCAAAUUCAAUUGAAUAUAGCAAUUUUGACUCUGAGUAUAAUUCAGAUUAUCCUUAUUACCCUGGUUUCUAUUUUAAUGACGACUUAAGAUGUCCAGACAAUUGGGUUCAGUUUCAACAGUUCUGUUAUAAAUUCAACAAAUCACCAUUAAGGCCUUAUACAGAAGCCAGAAGACUGUGUCAAACAUACUCGGGUGAUCCAAGUGCUUCAGAAAGGACACCAAUAGAUUUGGUUUCUCUGAAUAGUGUAGAUGAGCAUAGUUUUUUGGUACAGCAAUUAAACAGGCUUGAUCCUCAACAUCGUCGAUGGUACAUUGGAGCACAUCAAACUUCAGCAAACUUUUAUUCCAAUCCCGAUGCAAGUCCAUUUCCUAAUAUGGAAAAUGCUAUUAUCUGGGAUGACGACAGUCACUCUAGAUAUGGAGCUCCUGACACUGAUUUUCUUGUUUAUAAAUUUUCAAAGAAACUUAUGCACUGGAUUUUAGAACCAGUAGUGGGCGAUGAGCCACUAUCAUUUAUUUGCAAAUCUGCAAUAAAUGAUGUUCAAAGACUGAGAACUGCUGACAGAGACUAUACCUAUGGGACGGAAAUAACUGACCCUGAAAGAAUUCCAAGAGGACCUUAUUUUAUAGAGCAACCAAAAGAAGCAAUUUUUGAUGGUUCUAAAAGAACUCUAUAUAAUGAUGUAAGUCUCAGUUGCUUAGCUGGUGGUUAUCCAACACCAACAUAUAAUUGGUACAGAGAAGAUUAUGAAAAUGAUAUGUUGAUUCCAAAAAGAAUUGAUCCACUAACUGACAGUAGAUACACAGUUAGUGGAGGUAAAUUAAUUAUUCAUGAUCCCCAGCAAAGAAAAGACAGAGCAACAUAUCACUGCCGUGCCUCAAACAAGUUUGGGACAAUAAUAUCAGAGAGUGUCAGUUUGAAUUUUGGUUUUAUUUUGGAAUUUAUUCUAAAGCGUAGUCCAGAAGUUGGAGACUUGAACUGGGGAAAAACAAUUUUCUGUGAUCCACCCAAUCAUUUCCCAGAUAUUAAAUAUUCCUGGUCAAGAGAUUACUUUCCAAAUUUUGUUGAAGAAGAUCAAAGAGUAUUUGUGUCCUAUGAUGGUUCACUUUAUUUUUCGGCUUUAGAAACUAUUGACAGAGCUAAGUAUAGUUGCAGUGUACAGUCAGAAUUUUCUGAUUCUGGUAGAAAUGGUCCCUUUUUUCCUUUGAGGGUGAAUCCACAUUCUAAUUACCAAACUUUAAAAUUUGCAAACAAUUUCCCAAAAGCUUUCCCCGAAGCACCAAUUGCAGGAAAAGAAGUCAGAUUAGAGUGCAUAGCCUUUGGAUACCCCGUUCCAAGUUACAACUGGACAAGAAAAGGAAGCCCCUUUCCUAGAAAUGCCUACUUUACUAGUUAUAACAGGGUCUUAAUGAUACCUGAAGUUCAUGUGGAAGAUGAAGGCGAAUACAGUUGUAAAGCAUACAAUGACAAACAAAGCAUUGAAAAUUCUGUUGUUUUAAAUAUUCAAGCAGAACCAAACUUUACCAUUCCCUUAACAGAUAAGCAUAUUGAUAGAAAAGCAGAAUUAAUAUGGACAUGUGAAGCCUUUGGUAUACCAGAUGUCAACUACACUUGGUGGAAAGAUGGGAAACUACUAUCUCCAUUAACACUUGAUAGAGAAGAUAGAGCUAGAAUUUUUGUUAGGGAUAAUGUGUUAACGAUAAGCUAUUUGAAUGAGGAGAGGGACCCCGGAAUGUACCAAUGCAAAGCAGCAAAUACCCUUAAAACAAGAUAUUCCUCUGCCCAACUAAGAGUAUUAGCUUUCAAGCCAUCAUUUAAGAAGCACCCUUUGGAAUCGGAAACAUACGCAGCCGAAGGUGGCAAUGUAACCAUAAGAUGUAAUCCAGAGGCUGCGCCGCGUCCAACAUUUGUUUGGAGGAAAGAUGGCAUGGAAAUUGGACAAGGAGGGCACAGAAGAAUGUCCAGUGAUGGCAAUCUAUUUUUGAGUCCCGUAUCCAGGGACGAUGAAGGCGUUUACACUUGCAUCGCGAGUAACGAAUUGGGAAUUGCUGAGUCUAAAGGACGAUUAAUUGUUUUACGAGGACCAAGAAUUGUAGAGACACCUAGACCAACUAUAUCUGUAAUAAAUGGUAGAAGCAUUGACCUGCAAUGUUAUGCCACAACUGAUGAAAUGUUAGACAUAGCGUACAUUUGGGCACAUAAUGGCUUAAGAAUUAGAGACAUAGACACUAAAAAUUCUAAUGAGAGACUGAGAGUCGAUGGUGGAUACUUGAGAAUAAACAAUUCGACAUUUUCGGAUUCAGGAGAUUAUGACUGCAUUGUACAAAGUCCUGUUGGAGUAAUAUCCUACAGGACCGCCGUAGUGGUCCAAGGCCCUCCCGGACCCCCUGGGGGAGUUCAAGUUAUAACUAUACAAAAAAAUUCUUUCACCCUUCAAUGGACCGAUGGUGCAACAAAUGGAAAGCUAAUUUAUACUUACUCAAUCAGUGGAAGAACCAGCUGGAAUUCCACGUGGGUGGUAUUGGCAAUAGGAGUUAGGGCAAGGGACAUAGAUAGAUAUACAGGGAGGAAAGAAGCUGUUGUUGACAUGAACUUGACUCCGUGGGCCUUUUACGAGUUCAGGGUAAGCGCUUGGAAUGAAUUAGGUGCCGGUCCGUACUCCGCCCCCAGUCCAAAGUACCAGACCUUGAGAGACCGUCCUAGAAUAGCCCCAAGCAACGUGGGUGGCGGCGGUGGGAAGAUAGGGGACCUGACAGUCACCUGGACGCCACUGCGGCCAGAGCAGCAGCACGCGCCCGGGAUCCAUUACAAGGUCUUUUGGAAGCGGUACAAGGAACAAGUCGAAUUCCAAAGUACCGUCCUUGAGGAAUUUGGAAACGUUGGCACUGCAGUUGUGCAAAUUGAACCGAAAUAUUAUUACACUCAAUACCUAGUCAAAGUGCAAGCGAUAAAUGAAAUCGGGCCAGGGCCUAUUAGCGAAGAAGCUCUGGUCUAUUCUGCUGAAGACAUGCCGCAGGUCGCGCCUCAGCUGGUUGUCGCCAUGUCGUACAAUUCGACUGCACUGAAUGUUUCUUGGGAUCCUAUCGACGAGACUAGAGAGAAGGUUAAAGGCAAACUUAUAGGACAUCGUAUAAAAUACUGGAAGAAAGACACAAACGAAAGUGACAGUGUAUACUAUCUGUCAAGGACAACUCGUCCGUCGGCGCUCAUUGUCGGCUUACAACCAGAUACUUAUUAUUUCGUCAAAGUUAUGGCAUAUAAUUCAGCCGGAGAGGGCCCAGAGAGUGAAAAAUAUCUCGAGCGUACUUACAGAAAAGCCCCACAAAAGCCGCCCUCGUCUGUGCGAGUAUUUGGCAUUAACCCCUCAACAAUAAAAGUAGUUUACCGUUAUGUUCAACCAUCCUUGGAAGAAGAACCAUUACUAGGCUAUAAGAUUCGCGUCUGGGAAUAUGACCAAGAUUUGAGCACCGCAAACGAUACAAUAGUGCCAUUUGGUAGUCGUUUAGAAGGAUAUGUGACUAAUCUAACGCCAGGAAAAACUUACAGGAUGAGGAUUCUGGCUUAUUCGAAUGGCGGUGACGGGCGCAUGAGUUCUCCAGAAUCAGUUUUCCAAAUGGGAAAUCCCGAGUAUUUCCGAAGUAGUUCGGUAGAGCUACAUUUCCAUUCAAUGAUCAAAUUAAUAGCUUUAGUUUUGAUAGCUAAUACAAUAAGAUCCCUAUACUAGAUAUAACUAUAAAUAAGUAAAUAUUUGUAUAUAAUAGUACUUUUAGGUCAUAUAUUUAUAUAAUUUACAUUGUGAUGCACAAAGAUAUUAAGAUUAAGUAUAUAAUAUACCGUGCUGGCAAGUCUUACUUUUGGGUCGAUACUUACAUGUGUGGAAGUGAAUCGCUUAGGGAUCUUAUUAAGUUGGAGUUGGAGUGCGAAAAAUGCGAUAUUUGAAGUGAAACUUCUUCUUACUUUCGUCGGUCUGUGUGUCCGUCUGAGGACUCCAUUCGGGUUCCUCUUUCCACAUGCCGAGUUUGGUUCCAAUCGACCCAUAAUUAAGGAAAUUCCUGAUGAUUUCGUCGAAUAAUUAACGCAUUGUACUCUUCUUACAUACGGAAAUUUUGACCCAAGAACGUCUCGACUCAAACAUAAACCUUGCCAGCGGGAGUCUAUAUAUACAUAUAUUGCAAUACUGAAUCCGUCCACAAAUUACUCAUGGAAUAUUUGGAGCAAAAUGGAUGUACCUCAAUGACAAAUCUAUAAUGACUGUGUUGUGUAUGUAUAGCCAUGUUUAUAUAUUAACUUGUUAUUCAGCUAGAGUUAAUUCUGGGAUAAUGUGUCUUAUUAUAAUGCGGCUUUCGAAAAUUUGAAUUUCCAGUUAAGUGGACAAUCGCAAGAAUGGUAAACUUAUUAACUAACGAGAAUUAUUAACCUAAUAAGUUUAUACCGUUCUUGCGAUUAUCCCACUAAUUAGAAAUUCAAAUUUUUGAGAGACCCGAUGCAAUUCUCGUAGCCAUCUAUCAGUGAACUCCCAGAAUGAACUCACACCGAAUAACUAGUUACAAUAUAUAAACAAGGAUAUGAGAAUGUUAGGCAAUGACUGACUAAUCUUUAGUCAUUGAUGUUAGGUAUAGGUACAGGUUAUACUUCUGUGCUCCAUAUUUUUUAUAUUUUUUUAUAUAUUAUAUAUUUUUUCCAAAUAAAAGGUA